CAGCUUCUCAAGGACAGCCUCAUGUGAGACCACCUAUCCAGAUUGGGGCGUAUUAUUAAUACGACGACGCCGCUCACUGGACACACAACAACUCUUUCUUAACCUUCAACAUGCCAGCGCUCAAAGGUUGGCACCCAGGGGAACGGUCAAUCCGGCACAAACUUGGCUUCGACGCCAUCCCCGCAACCGCAAACGCCUACUCCUGGAUAACAGGCAACCUUCCCCCCGAACACGCCAAAUUCCACUCCGAGAAACUCUAUUUCCUCCCGCUCACCAAUCUAGAUGAGCAGGGACGACCGUGGGGGUCCAUCCUGUGCGCUGAAAAUGGAAAGCAGGGGUUUAUAAGUGUGCCAAGGUAUAAUACUAUGUCGGUACGAACGGAGUUGUGGGAGGGCGAUCCGUUCCUGGAUAAUUUGGUGUGUGGAGAGCGGGAAGGGAAGGGGAUGUUUGUGGCGGGGAUUGGGGUGGAGGUUGCGACGCGUAGAAGGAACAAGUUUGCGGGGAAGCUUGUUGAAGUGAGGAGAGGGAAGAGCUCGCGUUCUGUCGAAUUUGACUUGGUGGUGAAUGAGGCUAUUGGUGAAUGCCCAAAAUAUAUCACCGUUCGGCAAUUAGUGCCAUUCCCCAAAGCCUCUCCUAAGGUCGUUCACAAACGACCAAUAAUGUCUGAAGAUGAUCGACUUGCAGAAGACGCCAUCUCCUUCAUCCUAUCCUCCGACACAGUCUUCCUCGGAACGACAUACUCCGCCUCCCCAAACGACGCUCGCGUUUAUCCCUCCCACGUCGGUAUGAACCACCGCGGCGGCCGACCAGGAUUUAUCCGCGUUCGACCAUCCGACGGGCGGACCAUCGUACUCCCUGAUUUCUCAGGAAACCGAAUCAUGACGUCCCUAGGGAACAUCGAAGCCACCCCCCUCGCCUCUCUCACUUUCGUCAACUUCACGACGGGAGACGUUCUCUACGUCACAGGCAACGCCACCAACCUCGUAGGUCCCGAAUCUCAAGUGAUCAUGCCCUUCCAAAACACCCUGACGAAGAUCUACGUCACUGGGUACACCCUCAUCCUCGACGCGCUUCCAUGUCGCGAGGACCCUGCGUCAACUAUCCAACCUAGCCCAUACAGUCCUCCUAUCCGCUUCCUAGCUGAAGAAAAGCCAUCUUCCCUAUUCAACACCGGCAAAACACCCAUGGCGACGUUGUUGAGCAUAGAUAUGCACAGCGCCACCAUUGCCACGUUCACUUGGGAGUCUUCUGAAGAACUGGUGAUCAACCCGGGGCAAUGUGUCAUUCUGGACUUUACCACCCUCUUCGGGUCGCGGGAAUAUCAGCACAUGGCUCCGACCCGCCCGAGCUCGGUUAACGACGAUUUUAUCAGGACGUGGACUGUUUCGUCCGCUGCGAAGGAGCGCAAGACGCGUAUGUUCUCCUUGACGAUGCGGGAGAAGCCAGGGGGGACCGUGACGGGCGCGCUCUUCUCUCUCGCAAGGAGCUUGCGAGAGUCGAAGCGGAAUGAUAUGAGGGAAAUGGCGGUGGCCGUGAAAGUGGCUGGUGUGAUGGGGGAGUUUUGUUUACCAACGAAGAUGGUGUGGAUUGCUGGUGGGAUUGGGGUUACGCCGUUUUUGAGCAUGUUGCGCGCUGUCCUGGAGGGGCGUUCUGGUGGUUGGGAUAUCACGUUAAUUCUAUCGAUGAGGGAGCCUGAAGUCAUCCUUCCCCUUGUUUUCUCCAUCUUGGAGGGUGCUCCUGAUGCGGUCAAUGAGCCGACGUUUUCUCUGGCUAUUUACGUUUUUUCGAAAGGCUCCGUUCCAACAUUGGCCGUAAAGGGUGUGGGUGAGAAGGUGAGGGUGGAAACCCACCUUCAGCGGUUGAGCAAGGAGUUCCUCGUUGUGAGGGGGAAGCUGUUGGUCGAAAGUGAGGUGUAUGUUUGUGGCCCUGGGACUUUUGAGAAGGUGGUGGCGGAGGUGGUGGCGGAGUUAGGGAGGUCGGUCGGUGAUGUUCGGCGGGAGGGAUUUGAGUUUUAG